UUUCAUUACAUAUACAUAAAUAUUUUUUGGUGUAUUUCUUUACAUAUGAAUUAGAAGUCUAGAACUUAUAAAAGUAAUUCAAAUGUUGACAAGAAAAUAAUAAUAAAUCAAGUGUGCAUUAAGGUAACUUUGUAAUCAAUUUCAAAUAUUUAGUGUACAUAAUUGAGAUUAGAAAUUCAAGUAUUCAUUCAUAUAAAUGAUUUAUUUACUUAUCUAUAUUUUUGGUCAAUUAAGGAAAUAUUAAAAUAUUUGUGAUUAAAAAGAGAAAAAGGGUUCUAAGAGAGCCUCUCCUCUUUACAUUUGCCGGCUCUGUUCAUCUCUACAAGGAGCCAAGUCUCUCUUUCUCUCUAAAACAACAAUGGCGAUGGCGAGUUUAGCUAGGAGGAAGGCGUAUUUUCUCACCAGAAACUUAUCAAACUCUCCCACUGACGCUCUCAGAUUCUCCUUUUCCCUCUCCCGUGGCUUCGCCUCAUCAGGAUCUGAUGAAAACGACGUCGUCAUCAUCGGCGGCGGUCCCGGUGGUUACGUAGCCGCGAUCAAAGCCUCUCAGCUUGGUCUCAAAACCACUUGUAUCGAGAAACGCGGCGCUCUCGGUGGUACUUGUCUCAACGUCGGUUGCAUUCCUUCCAAGGCUCUGCUUCACUCUUCACAUAUGUACCAUGAGGCGAAGCAUUCCUUCGCUAACCAUGGUAUUAAGGUCUCUUCUGUUGAGGUAGAUCUUCCUGCUAUGUUGGCUCAGAAAGAUAAUGCGGUUAAGAACCUCACUCGUGGUAUUGAGGGUUUGUUCAAGAAAAAUAAGGUGACUUAUGUCAAAGGAUAUGGUAAGUUUAUUUCCCCAAAUGAAGUCUCGGUGGAGACUAUUGAUGGAGGAAACACUAUUGUGAAAGGUAAACAUAUCAUUGUUGCUACUGGCUCGGAUGUUAAGUCCUUGCCUGGUAUUACGAUUGAUGAAAAGAAGAUUGUUUCGUCGACUGGAGCGUUGUCUCUAUCGGAAGUUCCGAAGAAAUUGAUUGUUAUUGGUGCGGGGUAUAUUGGGCUUGAGAUGGGUUCUGUUUGGGGUAGGCUUGGAUCUGAGGUUACGGUUGUUGAGUUUGCUGGAGAUAUUGUUCCUUCGAUGGAUGGUGAAAUUCGUAAGCAGUUUCAACGUUCUCUUGAGAAGCAGAAGAUGAAGUUCAUGCUCAAGACUAAAGUUGUUUCUGUGGAUUCCUCCUCUGAUGGUGUGAAGCUUACAGUGGAACCGGCAGAAGGAGGAGAGCAGUCUAUUCUGGAAGCUGAUGUGGUACUUGUCUCAGCGGGAAGAACACCGUUCACUUCUGGACUUGAUCUGGAGAAAAUCGGAGUGGAAACUGACAAAGCCGGGAGGAUUCUGGUGAAUGAUAGAUUCUUGAGUAAUGUCCCAGGCGUGUAUGCUAUUGGAGAUGUGAUUCCAGGACCAAUGCUUGCUCACAAAGCCGAAGAAGACGGUGUUGCUUGUGUGGAGUUCAUAGCAGGCAAACACGGUCAUGUUGAUUAUGACAAGGUUCCUGGUGUUGUUUACACUCAUCCUGAGGUUGCUUCGGUUGGUAAAACCGAAGAACAGCUGAAGAAAGAAGGUGUGAGUUACCGGGUUGGGAAAUUCCCGUUUAUGGCGAAUAGCAGAGCUAAGGCUAUUGAUAAUGCAGAAGGAUUGGUUAAGAUUCUGGCCGAUAAGGAGACUGAUAAGAUCUUGGGCGUUCACAUUAUGGCGCCAAACGCUGGAGAGCUGAUUCAUGAGGCUGUUCUUGCGAUUAACUACGAUGCAUCAAGUGAAGACAUUGCUCGAGUCUGCCAUGCUCAUCCCACUAUGAGCGAGGCUCUUAAGGAAGCUGCCAUGGCCACCUAUGACAAGCCUAUUCACAUCUAAAAGGGAACAAGGUAUGUCACACUUUGGUCUGAUUUGGUUUUGUUCGGUUUUGGUUUAGAUUUUUGAUUUGCGGUUUUGAUUUCUUAUGUAUCUAAUCACAUCCCACACUAGGAAGACCUUAAAGGAGUGAGCCACCUAUGACAAGCCAAAUCGAUAUCUUAACCUGGUUGGAUUUUGGUUCGGUUUUCUGUGGUUUAGCCUUCAAUUUGUCCUUUAUACUGUGUUUUUAUUCGUUAAUGUUCAGAUACGUGUUAAGCCUGAUCUUUAAUAAAAUAUUCAACAUUCACUCAACACUUUUUAUUGCUUCCGGCUUGCUUUCUAGUUUUUGGUUUACACUAAACCCAAAAAUUGAUUAGUCAGUUCAUACGUUAAUAAUUAGGGGAUAUACAUUAUGCAUUCACUAAGAGACCAAAAUUAAUUCAAUUAGCUCCAUGAUUAGAUAAGUACAUACAAUUUGAUGUUAUCAUCUAAUGAUAACUGUAUACUAUAUUUGCAAUUCUUCUAACAAUGGUAAAAACUUUUUUCAUCGUUCAUGUCAA